UUCAACUUUUUUUGGCCACUUUGCUAUCAGGUGACCAGGACAGCAGGGCCAAUCUGAUAGGGGUGCUGUUUAUAAAAGUCCCCUCAUCUGGGGCCAGAAGCUCUGGAUCAGCCCCCACAAUCCUGCUGACCUCCAGCACCUGCCUCUACAGUAGGUACAGAUGGCAUUGUCCCAACCCAGUCCCUUCUCAGCCAUGGAGCUUCUCCUGGCCUCUGCCGUCUUCUGCCUGGUAUUCUGGGUGGUCAGGACCUGGCGGCCUCGGGUCCCUCAAGGCCUGAAGAGUCCACCGGAGCCCUGGAGCUGGCCCCUGCUUGGGCACAUGCUGACGUUGGGGAAGAACCCACACGUGGUUCUGUCGCAGCUGAGCCAGCGCUAUGGGGACGUGCUGCAGAUCCGCCUUGGCUGCACACCCGUGCUGGUGCUCAGCGGCCUGGACACCAUCCGGCAGGCCCUGGUGCGGCAGGGCGAUGAUUUCAAGGGCCGGCCCGACCUCUACAGCUUCACCUUGGUCACUGAUGGCCAGAGCCUGACCUUCAACCCAGACUCUGGACCAGUGUGGGCUGCCCGGCGACGCCUGGCCCAGAAUGCUCUCAACACCUUCUCUGUGGCCUCAGACCCAUCUUCCUCCUCCUCCUGCUACCUGGAGGAUCAUGUGAGCAAGGAGGCUGAGGCCCUCCUGGGCAAGUUCCAGGAGCUGAUGUCAGGGCCUGGGCGCUUCGACCCCUAUGGCCACGUGGUGGCAUCAGUGGCCAACGUCAUCGGUGCCGUGUGCUUCGGGCAGCACUUCCCCCAGAGCAGUAAGGAGAUGCUCAGUCUGGUGGAGAGCAGCCAUGAUUUUGUGGAAUCCGCCAGCUCCGGGAAUCCCGUGGACUUCUUCCCCAUCCUUAAAUACCUGCCCAACCCGGCUCUGCAAAGGUUCAAGAGCUUCAACCAGAGGUUCCUGCAGUUCUUGCGGAAAACGGUCCAGGAGCACUACCAGGACUUUGACAAGAACAGCAUCCAGGACAUCAUAGGCGCCCUGUUCAAGCACAGUGAGGAUAACUCCCGAGCCAGCAGUCGCCUCAUCUCCCAGGAGAAGACUGUCAACCUUGUCAACGACCUCUUUGCGGCUGGGUUCGACACCAUCACAACAGCCAUCUCCUGGAGCCUUAUGUACCUUGUGACAAAUCCUAAGAUACAGAGAAAGAUCCAGGAGGAGCUGGACAGAGUGAUUGGCAGGGCACGGCGGCCCCGGCUCUCCGACAGACCCCAGCUGCCCUAUUUGGAGUCCUUCAUCCUGGAGACCUUCCGACACUCCUCCUUUGUCCCCUUCACCAUCCCUCAUAGCACAACAAGGGAUACAACACUGAAUGGCUUCUUCAUACCCAAGGAACGCUGUGUCUUCAUAAACCAGUGGCAGGUCAAUCAUGACCCGAAGCUGUGGGGGGACCCAUCUGAGUUCCGGCCAGAGAGAUUCCUCACAUCUGAUGGCACCGCCAUUGAUAAGAUGGCAAGCGAGAAAGUGUUACUCUUCGGCAUGGGCAAGCGCCGAUGCAUAGGGGAGGUCAUGGCCAGGUGGGAGGUCUUCCUCUUCCUGGCCAUCUUGCUGCAGCGGCUGGAGUUCAGCGUGCCACCAGGUGUGAAAGUGGACCUAACCCCCACCUAUGGGCUGACCAUGAAGCAUGCCUCCUGUGAGCAUGUGCAGGCUCGGCUGCGCUUCCCCAUCAAGUGAAGAAGUUGCUGGCGUUCUGAGGCAGAGGGAAGGGAAGGGUGUGGGGGGUCACUGAGGAACCCUUGUUUCUUUUCCUUUCUUUCUUUUAAACUAACAGCUAUAUAUACACCAUACAAUUGUAGGCCAACUAUACUUCAAAAAAUAAACAACCUCAUAGAAACAGA